CCAUCAUGUGUUGAUGAUAUUGAUCGCCAUCGCGAUCAUCCUACUAUCGUUGCUGCUGGCAGGAUGCUCCUCAUCAUCACCACUGAUACCGGGGAUCUUCCUCAUAUCGUUCUACUACCAGCAAUAUACGCCCACCUUCGACCCAACGCAAGUGGACCCGGGCGUAACAGCCGCAAUAGCGAAUAUCGUCGGCCGGGCUCAGCUGGAAGUAAGAGUAGGCUACUUUGGCAUCUGCGUCAACCCAGACGGCGGCGACUUCUUGUGCUCGAACAAUGCAACGCUUCUAGCGGAGCAGGUCAGCGUGGACCAAGAUCCACUGAACCUGAUCUGGGUUGCUGAGACCUUCAAGAACGAAGUCGUCUUCCCAUACCUGCUCAUCGUUGCCAUAAUACUGGCGUUCGUAACCUUCCUCCUCCUCGCCACCUUCCCGGGCUGGCACGAAGAACACGACGCCCGUACCGGAUCAGACAUCGACAUCAAACCUUUCCCCUCCCGACCAGUCUCUCAAGUCGCACUCGCCCUCAUCUUCAUUGCGUCCAUCUUCGUGCUUGUCAGCGUGCUGUGGCAGCAUACUGCAUCGGUGGCCGCUUCACAGAUAGCGCAAGAUUUCGGCAAUGGAUCAGUAAGGAGUGGAGUCGGCACGAGCGCAAUGGUGUUGGGUUGGUUCGGGUUCGCCUUGUUGAUCGUGGUGACAAUUGGACUGUUGGUGAUGAUCUUGAGUAUACAUCUGCUGGAUCGGUUGACGGACGGAGAUUGAUGAAGGACACGGGAGGAGAAGAGGAUGGAAGCAUGGCGGAAAACUGGACUGCGUGAUCCAGCUUGCGCAAGCUUGAGGGGCUACAUGACAUACCAGCAUCGAGGCGCGGAGUGCAGUUGCGACAACGUAGAAGGCUGAACUCGGCGAACGUUGGGCAUGGCUGCCAAGUGGUAGUGAUCGUCGCGCUCAUGGUUGUACUGAGCGAUAGAAGCCAAAGAAGCGGGCUAUCACGAACUUGGUUGGAAUUGGCGGCAUUUGGGCGGCGCAAUGGUAUGGGGCAGUGG